UCACAUCUUUAUCUCGAGUUGAAUACAGGUCUCUCCUGCGGCCCAUCUCAGGUCUCUCCUGCAGCCCAAAAUCCCCGAACUCACUUGUUCUAUCUGUCGGCACGAGUACACCUGCGUACUUGCAGCGAUGUUCUUCUACGUGACCCUCUUGAGGCCUCCACCCGCCUCCUGCUCACUUCCCUCUACGUCGACCGGGCCAUCAACAUCCAACGGAAAAUCCCAGCACAAAGCAAGGGCUUCCGACAAGGUAUCCAAGUCGAAGAACGCUGAUAAAUCUGGUAAAUCAAGAGGCGCUGGAAAAGCUGGACCCACACCUGGCAUCGUGAACAUAUGUCCCGAAAUCUCUAAUGACCUGCGCUAUGAAAAUCUCAACGAACCUGCUGGACGUGAUAUCUACUACUCCUGGAUCAAAUGCGGCAACUUUGGCAACCCUCUCGCUCAGCCUGCUACAUGGCCCGCAAAGCUCACCACCUACCGCGCGGAAACAUCGUCUCGAUACAAAGAGCUCCCCGUCCCCGUCCCUCGCGAGGCCAAGCACGGCGAUCGUUGGCGGCUAGCGCUGUGGUGCGAGCCCGCGGGUCAGUCCAAGGCGCGGCCGCCCUCCGCGCCGAAGGUCGUUAUCGAGCUCUGCAGCCCCUCGCUCGGUGCGUGGCCGCUGCCCGUAAUGAGCGAGCCGGUGGUGUUCGAUGGGGUGCCGACGGAGAAGCAGGUGCUGGUGAGCAGGGUCUAUAGCUUGGGGAGGGUGGAUAGGAGGGAGGCAGAAGAUGUAUUGUUGAUGAUCACCGAGAGGACGGGGUAUAAUCUGGCCACGAAAGUCUGGGAUAGCGGCAUUGGGCUGAGCUCGUGGAUCUGCGCAUUGGUUGAGUUACAUCCAGACUCUGAGCUCGAGACGCAAAUGCGUCACAUAUUGCUCAGUCCGGGAAAGAGGCGAAUCGUUGAGCUUGGCGCCGGCACAGGGAUCCUGUCCUUCACAUUGGCUGCCUUAAGACAAGCCUUUCGCAGUAAAAGAUUGCAAGAAACGCUCGCCGCCGAAGGCAGCGAAGGCGUCGAUACCACAGAGCGCGAAGAGGACGACGACGAGAUUUUCGUCACAGACCUUGAAUCCGCACUUGACUUGCUGGACCACAACCUGCGACAGAACAUCCACCUAUAUGAGGCACAUCCAACAAUACCCAUCGAGUCGGAAGCUACACCCGAUGACGAACAACCGAGGUCACCAUCAGCGGGCCUUCAAGCUCUCGAGCUCGAUUGGGACAAGCCCAAAUUACCAGACGCUAUAGCUCGCGGCGGCGCGCUCGAUCUCGUUAUGAUGGCCGACGUCACUUACAACACCGACUCCUUCCCCGAGCUUGUCAGCACCAUGAAAAGCUUGAUAGCCCUCAGCCCCGCGUCGAUACCACCGCCCAUGUUCUUGCUGGGCUACAAGCAGCGGCACCCGGACGAACGGGUGCUGUGGGAGAUGGCCAACAAGCAGGCGGGGGUGCAUUUCGUCAAGGUCGCCGAGCGAUGCGGCUACGCACGCCCUGCGGAAGAUAUUACGGGACGCGGCGAGGGGCCCGUCGAGAUUUGGAUUGGGACGGUGCAGAGGUAGGAUUGGGCAUGAAUCGUCGCGCACGAGAACGCAGCGAUCUGCACUAGACAAGCACACAGCACGGGAGAAUGUGAGCGCGAAGAUAUCGGCUGUACACUAGACAUAUAAACGCGAGCGCGUCAACUACUGAGGCGUCUGCGGCUUCUGCUUCCUCCGCUU